CUUGGCCAAAAGCUUCGAUCGGGACUCUCUUACUCUCAACUCUUACCAUCUCUCUCAUCAAUUUCGAUCUUACUUCAACUCUCGUGAAACCCUCGCCUAACCCCUGACUCAAGCUCCGGAUCAACCUCGCCAUUUCGUCCCUUCGGAUUCCCGUAAAAGAGUUGAGACGCUGAGUGGAGAGGAUCUCCAGGGAUCUGAUGCGGCAGAGGUUGCGCCAGUGGUCGCCGUACGGCGAAGUUAUCACAACGAUGUUGUUGUAGGUUAGGUGCUUGGUCUUGGGGGAACGGAAACGGUUCGUGAGGACGAUGUCGUUUUGGUAAAACAUUCUUCGGCCAAGGAGGCGGAGGAAACAACCACAGAGAUUUGGUAACUGAAGCGGAACGAGAAAAUGGGACCGUAUUUUUGUGAUAAGGCGUAGACGGUGCGGAAGACGGGUGGUUUCAGGUGGUGGAGGUUACCGAUUGGAGGAAGAGACGGUGGAGAUGGUGGUAGGUUUUUGAAUCUCUUUGUGAAUAGCUUGUAACAAGUGAUGAAAACAACGAAGAGAAGAAGAAGAGAGUUAUAAUACGAAAGUUCCAUCAUUAUGCUUUAUCUGAAUAAAUUUGGAAGCUUAAUACGGAAGAAGCUUUCUGAUAUCACCAACUCCUCACACCACCUUCAAGAACAACAAAAACCACCAGAGGAUACUACUUCUAAUUCUGCUGAUAAGGAUUGCAUUCAACAACUUCUAAAGGAAAGAAUGACUCUGCUGAAGCUCCUAGCUGAGGAAAAUAAAAUAUUUGAAUGGACUAAAGCUGAGAUGCAGAUGUUUAGAGGCAAUGUUCAAAAACUGCAACUACAGAAUUGGAAUAUUGCUCAAUCAAACACACACAUGCUAGCGGCUGAAGCCUCUGGUAAGUCCCAAAUGGCCAUAGAAAAAUUAGUAGAAGGACGAUUACGCAAGUACUUUGAGGAAGUUGUGCUGAUGGAGCAAAAGUUUAUUGUGAAUGAUACAAUGAAUGUUAAGACGGUGUUGGAUAAUCUAUCCAAGGAGGUGGGUUCACCUGUGAGGGUUGUGAGCUUUCUCAGAAUGGAAGUUGGGGAAGGAAUUGCAAGGCAAGAAACAGAUUCAUCUGUGCCUGUUGCUCAAGCUGCCUAAUUCAAGAUGAGGCAUCUAGUUUGUUGUUACGGUGUUUACCCUCUAGCUGAUCAUACUUUGUGCAUGCUCAUCUAACCAUUUGUCUUCCAUGUGUUAAUCCAGGGAAGUUCCAAGAAUAUUCCAUCUGUUGAAAAUUUUGGUCCACGGUGGAAAACUUCAGUGGGUUUCUUAAGAACUUAAGAUUGUAUAAGUAUAUUCUGAAAUUCUAGUGCACUCUGCUGAUCUAUAAUCCGUAAAGGCCAAGUAAGAAAGCGUAGUUAAACCCCAUUGGCAUCAUUUUCAAAUUACAAAGUUUUGUUUGUGUAUCCUUAGUUGAGCUUCUUAAUUUAAGAUACAAAGCUUACUAAUAAAUUGAUAUGUUGAGCUACUCUCUAGAUUGAACCAAAAGGCAAAAGCUUCUUUAGAAGUAGACUUAGUUUAGUUUAUAUCUUUAUAUGAAGUAGUAUAAGGUUUCAACUUCUUAAUCACAUUAUUAUUCAUGGUUCAUUCAUUAUUAAGAUUAGAUUUUUGAAGCAUGCCUUUCCUAUUAACAUGCAGCACAUUACGCCAUUAUCUAGUUCUGUUAAGAUCUGCCAUAGUGCCAUGUGCGGUUGUCAUGUUUUAUUUUCUGUCAGGGUGGACCUGUACUUAAUAUUUUAAGAAUAUAUUUAUCUAGUACUUAAUAAUACGAAAGUUCCAUCAUUAUGCUUUGUCUGAAUAAAUUUGGAAGCUUAAUGCGGAAGAAGCUUUCCAACAUCACCAACUCCUCACACCACCUUCAAGAACAACAAAAACCACCAGAGGAUACUACUUCUUCUAAUUCUGCUGAUAAGGAUUGCAUUCAACAACUUCUAAAGGAAAGAAUGACUCUGCUGAAGCUCCUAGCUGAGAAAAAGUGUCCUCUCAUAUAAUCUAUGGAAAUAUAUAAUUAGGAAGAAUUUGCUUUUGUUUUCCUUGAUUAAAAUUGGAAACAGUAAAAUAAUUGAAUGGACUAAAGCUGAGAUGCAGAUGUUAAGAGGCAAUGUUCAAAAACUGCAACUACAGAAUUGGAAUCUUGCUAAAUCAAACACACACAUGCUAGCGAUUGAAAUAUUACUUGGAAGUUGGGAAGACUGCAAACUUUGAUGAGCUGAUAGCUGAUGCGGCUACUGAAGCUAGCGAAAAUGGAGACUUUGCUGGAAGGCUAUACACCGAAUGAUGGGAAGGUGAUUGUGGUGGACAAAGUUCUUCCUGCAGUGCCAGAUCAGGCAGAUGUUGCUAAGAUGGCUUUUAGGUCUGAUGUUUUCAUGAUGUUUCAAACGCCAAAAAGGAAGGAACGAACCUACCAAGAUUUGUAAAUCCCACCUUAGUAAAUCUGUAUGAUGAUUAUCAAAUGGAGAAUUUUAGUAUACAGAUCAAAGUUGGUACAGAUUUAAAGAUUUGUUUACAUCACACUUUUUAAAGCCACAUUUU